UUCGACCGGAAGUCGGGAGGUUCGAGGGGGUUCGAAGACGCCGGCUUAUGACGGGGAACCUUUCGUGGAGGUUGCUUCUCCGUCCUUUCGCUCCCCGGGCCCUCGGGAAAAACCCAGCACCCCGGCCCCGCGGCCAGCCCCUUCCGCCAGGCUCUCUCCGCUAGAUUUCGCCACCGUUAUGUGGGAAGCGAAUCCGUGGACAGAAACUGAUGACCUGGAGCUUUUCCACUGCAAGUCUUUUGUCUCCCUCCGAAGAUGUUCCACAGAGCGGAAGAAUUCUUACCCAAGACUACAAACAGCGAGACGGAUGAGAUGGACACCUCGGACACGCAGUGGGGCUGGUUUUUCCUGGCCGAGUGUGGGAAGUGGCACAUGUUUCAGCCGGAUACCAACAUUCAGUGUUCAGUUAGCAGUGAAGAUAUCGAAAAAAGCUUCAAAACAAACCCUUGUGGCUCCAUUUCUUUUACUACUUCCAAAUUCAGCUACAAGAUAGACUUUGCAGAAAUGAAGCAGAUGAAUCUCACCACUGGAAAACAGCGCUUAAUAAAAAGAGCCCCUUUUUCUAUCAGUGCUUUCAGUUAUAUCUGUGAAAAUGAGGCCAUCCCCAUGCCACUCCACUGGGAGAAUGUGAAUACCGACCUGCCCUAUCAGCUCAUUCCUUUGCACAAUCAAACACACGAAUACAAUGAAGUUGCUAGUCUCUUUGGGAAAACAGUGGAUCGCAGCAGAAUUAAAAGAAUUCAGAGAAUUCAAAACCUAGACUUGUGGGAGUUCUUUUGCAGGAAAAAGGCUCAGCUCAAGAAAAAAAGAGGUGUGCCUCAGAUUAAUGAACAGAUGCUAUUUCAUGGCACCAGCAGUGAAUUCGUGGAAGCAAUUUGCAUUCAUAACUUUGAUUGGAGGAUCAAUGGUAUACACGGUGCUCUCUUUGGAAAAGGAACCUAUUUUGCUCGAGAUGCUGCUUAUGCCAGCCGCUUCUGCAAAGACGAGGUAAAGCAUGGAAACACAUUCCAGAUUCACGGCGUAACCCUGCAACAGCAGCAUCUGUUCAGAACGUACAAAUCUAUGUUUCUUGCCCGAGUGCUGAUUGGAGAUUACAUAAACGGAGACUCCAAAUACGUGCGCCCUCCUUCCAAAGACGGGAGCUACGUGAACUUGUAUGACAGCUGUGUGGAUGACACCUGGAACCCCAGGGUCUUCGUGGUGUUCGACGCCAACCAGAUCUACCCCGAGUACUUGAUAGACUUCCAUUGAGUUCAUUUCCAAGCUUCACUGUCGAAGAAGUUUUAUUCUUUUUGGCAGGGAGAUCGGCUUGCCAGUCACCUAGCUGCUCAAUGUUAAUUAUCUGAUACUUUUGAAGCAGAUAUGGAAGAAAGGGGCCUCCCUAUAAAAAGACAUACUAACUUUA